AUGUAUUUAUGGAUAAAUAAAUCCAAAUCUAAUUGGCAUUUUUUCUUUUUGAAAAAAUGGGAUGAAACAAAUUUUGAGGAAGAAACUGAAGGUACUGAAGAUUUAGAAAUUGAAGAUUGGGGUAAUGAUGAUGAUAAUGAAUGGGAAGAGGAUAUUGAUUUAAAGUUAGCAGAAGCUAAUUAUAAAAGGCUUUUGAAUUUAGAAUUAGUAUGGAAAAAGAUGCUUAUUUAG